AUGUCGGUGCCAGCCAGGGCUUUGGGUUUGCAAGAGGGCUACUCCCAGGAACAAUGGGGACCUUGGUGCAGUUUCGGCCUGUUGGUGCAGCAGGCGGUGGCCGAGUUGGGAUGGCAGGAGAGCUUUGUUGUGCAGUCUCGCAGUCUCGCAGUCUCGCUGCUUCAAAGUCGGCCGGUCUCGGCUGUGGCUCAAGCGUUAUGGCUGAAUGUCAGGGCCAACGUGGCAGUGGAGGUCACGGUUCCGCGCGAGGCACGCUGGUUGAGGUCUGAGAAUGUUCAAGUGGAAGUCCUUGCAGAUGGUUCUUUGCAACACAGGCCGAAAAGGCCGGAUGAAAAAAAGGCGACCAGUGAAGCACAAAAGAAGGCCUGGCGCGGGCUGCAAGAUCGCGUGCCAGAUCGUCCAGAUGAGGACUUGCCAUUGACUCCACGGGAAGACACGUGGGAGGCUUCGCCACCGGCUCGUUUCGAGUGGGACUUCCCGGAGAAGUGGACCUCUGCAAUCGCGCCGGCGGAGCUCGAAGGCUGGGGCAAGGAGCCGCAGGAUGAGUUGGAGGAGCGGCAGUCGGCACAGCGCUUGGUCAGGAAUGUGGACACUUCGACUUUGGCGACGCUGGUCCGAAUCGGCGAGGGAGUAGGCCCCAUCACCUACUCGAGGUCACCAGGGGUUCAUCAGAGCCUGAACCGAGAGCUGCGACAGCGCUUGGUGGCUCAGGAUGCCGCUGCCCUUUUCCUUUUGCUCUUCAUUCUGGGAGUGGCGAUUUGGGUAAGCUGCCUGGGCGUUUACCAGUUCGCCGACGAUCCCUCGCAGGUGGCUUUCUACACAGACCCUCGGCAUACGCAGCAGCACACGCACCAAAGAAUGCUUUGCGUGUCUGCAGACCAGGAAUCCUUCCUAGAAGCCUUCAACACACAGCCACAGCGUGCGACGCUGCGCCUCAUUGGGAGGAGGUCGGCAAGGAGACAGCCGUGGCUAGGCGCACGGCUCGGACGGCUGAUGCCUGGGCGCAGACGGCCGGUGGCGGAUGCCAAUCUGAUCUUUGACGUGUCUCUGGACCUCAGCACGUUCAUCUCCGGCCAGGGCCACCUGUCCUCCGCGGCAGAGGCGUCCAAGCUGGCGAGCCAUCUCGGCAGCCCCAACCCCCUGGAGAUCCUCGUGCUCAGGAAGAAAGUACUUUGGGCAAACUGGGAAGACAUGGCCACCAACAUCAAACAGAAGCUACGGGGCAAAGGCUUCCAGGGAGACGUGGAGGUGCGGUUCGAUGCCCAGGAGGAUAUGAAAGUCUACAGGAACAAUCGGUGGCAGAACUUCGUGAGAACACCCAUCACCCACAUGCUCUCUGUACUCUCCGGAUUUGGCAUGGUGGUCUGGUUGCCGUAUUUGUAUUGGCGGUCCGAGGUGGUGGUGGUCGAGAGCAACUUUCAGAUUCAGCUGGACAUCCAGCGGUAUUGGGAGAUGCUCUGCGAAGGCCUGGAGCGAACAGAUCGGGGCCGUCAAAAGGGGCUUCGGGAGGCCUGGACGCUGACGUAUCCUUGCUGCAACGCAGCAUAUCACACUGUGUUUUUUGAGCUCUUUGACCGGAACGAGGAUGGCUUCCUGAGUGAGUCUGACUUCCUUGGCGGCAUGUUGGCAGUGAGUCUGCAUUGUUCUGUUCUUUCGCAUGGCGACUUCCUCAUGACGGAGCUGUUCCCCGUUCAAGUUUGA